AUGCCUCAACUAGAUCAAUUCACUUAUUUCACACAAUUCUUCUGGUCAUGCCUUUUCCUCUUUACUUUCUAUAUUGCCAUAUGCAAUGAUGGAGAUGGACUACUUGGGAUCAGCAGAAUUCUAAAACUACGUAACCAACUGCUUUCACACCGUACGAACAACAUCCGGAGCAAGGAGCCCAACAGUUUGGAAGAUAUCUUGAGAAAAGGUUUUAGCACCGGUCUAUCCUAUAUGUACUCCAGUUUAUUCGAAGUCUCCCAAUGGUGUAAGGCCGUCGACUUAUUGGGAAAAAGGAGGAAGAUCACUUUGAUCUCUUGUUUCGGAGAAAUCAGUGGCUCACGAGGAAUGGAAAGGAACAUCUUCUAUUUGAUCUCGAAGUCCUCAUAUAGCACUUCUUCCAAUCCUGGAUGGGGGAUCACUUGUAGGAAUGACAUAAUGCUAAUCCAUGUUCCACACGGCCAAGGAAGCAUCGGUUUUUAA